AUGCUAGUUUUGAUAGUUGAUUCUGAUGAAGAGGAUCCAACUGAGGAAAUAGUAUGGAAUGCGAGCAUCAAGGUUCAAGAGGUGCAAGAUGUGGCAUUACACUCCUUGUUCGGAGACACGAAUACAAGGGCAUUACGUUUCAAUGCACAAGUGGCUUCUGAGUAUUUAAUGACCCUAAAUGAAUAUUACAGAAGGAAGCACAAGGACCAAGCAGCUUCUAAUUCUGGUCCUAAAAGUAAUACUGGAAAUUCUAAGGGAAAAGGUUUGCAGGUGAAGCAGUCUGAUGGUAAGUUCAAGAAGAUAGGGAAUUCAAACCAGGGGAAUUUUAAAUCUGUUCCUCAAUGUGCUAUCUGUGGAAGAGCCCACACAGGGGUCUGCAGGAAAGAAAAAGGGCUUUGUUAUAAGUGUGGUCAACCCGGGCAUUUUAUUAAAGACUGCCCCUUUAGUGGGGGACAGGUUUCUGCAAUUCAGGCUACCCCGGCCCCUAUGAUGAUUGAGGAGCCAUCUCUACCUCUCCCACCUCCUACUGCCCGAGUGUAUGCAGUGACUCAGCCAGAGGCUGAGAAAUCCUCUACUUUGGUGCGAGGUAUGAUUUCUAUUAAAGAUGAACUGCUUAGUGUAUUAUUUGAUUCUGGUGCCACACAUUCUUUUAUUGCUGAUUAUGUAGCCGACGCAUUUGGUCUGCCUUUGACAAUAAUGAAAACUCCUAUGCGUAUUGUUACGGCUGUGGGGAAUGUUUUUAAUGAAAAGUAUAUUUGUGAAGAUGUGAAAUUCAAGUAUGAAGGCAAGGAGUAUUCUGCCGAUUUUUUUGUUUUGCAUCUUGCGUCUGUAAUUGUUGACAAAAGCUAG